AUGUCUUUGGCGGACAAGAUAUCAAUGCUUAUGGCGCGGCCAGGGGGCGACAAUGCCGCAAAAGAUGACGUUCCCUGGUGGAUGCGAUACGGUGCUCGAGGACUGGGAACAGUUGGCAGUGCAAUCGCCAUAUUCUUCGGUCUUCUGAACUGCUUCAGUUUAAUAUCUCUCAACACGUCGUGUCUGUUGGCCGGCGUGUGGCAGAUGCUAGCCGGCUUCAUAGUGAUGGUGUGCGAGGCGCCGUGCUGCUGCUUCUUCAUAGACUACAUACAGGUCCUGUCGGAUAAGGUCGAGUCCAGGCCCUACUGGCAGAAGGGAGCGCUGUAUGUGGGGCUGGCUCUGCCGCCUUUCUUCCUGUGUCUGUUCGCUACGAGCACCAUCCUCGGCAGCGGCAUAAUCUUGGGCACCGGCAUCUUAUACGGCAUGAUGGGACUCGGAAAGAAGGGCUCCAGGGACGACAUGGCGGCGAUGGCUGCGGGCGGGUCGACGCCCCCCGGCCCGCCCCAGGACAGCACCGUGACGCUCAUGGAGGACCCGGACGUGGCGUCGGUGGAGGAGAUGCGGACCGCUGCGUCCUUGGAGGCGGGCGCCAGCACCGUCCCUCGAGCGAAACUCGUCACCAACGAGCAGCCGUUCAGCUUCACCAGCCCCCCAGCCCAGUGA